CAGUGCCAGCAGUGCCAGCAGCAGCGGAGGACGAGUCCAGCGGAGGAGCAGCGCGCCGCCGCGCGCGCCCGCGCCUCUCCCGACGCCGCGAGCCGAGCGCGCCGAGCCAUGGACUACUCGUACUUCAACCAGGCGGCGGCGGCUGCGGCGGCGGCCGGCCUCGAGCCCUCGAGCUGCGCCCUCGCGGCGAACGAGAUGCCCUGCGGGCCCUACGGCGAGCUGGGCUCCUGCUCGCAAAUCAGCCAGGCGGCCUACCGGUACAGCGCGGCCGUCGGGGCGGCGGCCCGCGCGGCCAGCUACCCCGGCUCCAACGGCAACCUGGGCUCGCACCACGCGGCUGCGGCGGCGGUCGCGGCCGCGGCCUCGCACUCGCACGCGCACCACGCCAGCGCCUGCUCCGUCAUGUCGGCCCGCGGCCAGGAGGUCGUGCACCGGCAGGCCUCCAUCUUCCCCUCGGCCAUCAAUCUGCAAGGGGGCCUGGGCUACAAGGCCUACGCCGGCUGCCACGAGGGGCCCUCGGAGAAGCGCAAGCAGCGCCGGAUCCGCACGACCUUCACCUCGGCCCAGCUGAAGGAGCUGGAGCGCGCCUUCCAGGAGACCCACUACCCGGACAUCUACACGCGCGAGGAGAUCGCCAUGAAGAUCGACCUGACGGAGGCGCGGGUGCAGGUCUGGUUCCAGAACCGGCGGGCCAAGUUCCGCAAGCAGGAGCGGCUGGCCCAGCAAAAGUCCGGCUCCUCGCAGCAGUCGACGAGCUCGAGCAUCGACGCCGCCGCCAGCGGCAACAACGCCCCGAGUCCUCUGCAGUCGAGCGGCGUCAAGGCGGAGGGCCGCUCGCCCCGCAGCCCCGCGACGCCGCCCAGUUCCGCGAUCGAGAUCAAGCCGCAGCAGCAGCAGCAGCAGCAGCAGCACCAGCAGCAGCAGCACCAGCAGCACCAGCAGCAGCACCAGCAGCAGACCCAGCCCGCCGGGGACGGCCACGGGAGCGACUCGGGCAACCCGGCCAACGGCAGACUGGCCUGGGGCUCCUGCAGUCCGCGGCCCUUCUCCGCCGCGCUCUCGCCGUACUUGCUCGAUCCGCUGCCCCUCAAGACGGCCAACCUCUACUGAAUCAAUAGAGCUACGGCCGCGGAUCCUCCAGCGGGCAGCCGAUGUAUUUUUAACAUCCCACUUACUUUGCAGCGCCCUUUUUCCGGCCUCGAUCGAGAGCACCCACACGCACGUACGCACGCACGCACGCACGCACGCACAGCAUAUUGUACAUAGUACAGCGCGAGCCUCGGAGCCGAGUCGUCGCUCUCGCGGUGAGUGGCUGGACCGAAUGGAAUACGAGGAUUCACUCGCGCCCGAGCGCUGCGUUCAUAUCUCGUUGUUCUGUUUUCUGUGAUAUACCGCACGAGUACGUCCGAUUAGCUCCGCGAGCUGCUGCGCCGACGUUUUAAAUAUACCCGCUCUAGCGCGUUUGUAAAUAUAUCCAUUCCACGUGUUGUCUCGAACGACAAAGACGCACUGCGUAGUAGCCUGCCGCAUGCCAAACUUGUCGUGUUUGUUUCCCGAUCUACGAAAACUGUAACGUUGUAUAUUCUGCACAAAAGUGACUGUAUUGCCGUUAAUUACGAAUGUACUGCGUAGUAACCGAUCGCCAGUCCAGAAGGCCCUGAUGGACAACGCAAUCGCGUCUAGACCUGUAUACGAUACGUUCCUUGGAAUCCUCGUCCUCUGGAACGCGGCCCGAGCAAGCUCCGCACUUGUCGAGCGCUAGUCCGCAAUCAUCUAUGUAUAGUUGAAACGUUGAAACCAUCGAUGAGCGUCGCAGUUAUUUUGAUAGACCAGUAUUAUUGUAUUAGGUACAUGCGUAUACAUACCAUAUACAUACCAUAUACAUACCAUAUACAUAUAUAUAUAUAUAUACACACACACACACACACGCGCAUAUAGAUAUGCAUACAUCUAUUUUUGUAAUACCUUUAAAGGAUAAGUUCAACCGAUGAUGUGUACAUAUAGUACAGGAAAUGCGAGGCGGCCAGGCCGCUUCUGCGAGCCAGUAUUCACGUCCAAAGUGCCAAAUUUCGUCGCCGCAGCACAGCCAGAGCCGCGCAGCCACGGUCUCAUACUCGCGCCAUCGCAUGCUCACAUCAGCCGCAGACGCGAGCACACCGUACACGACUGCUAAGUACACUCUCUCGGCGCGAAUCCGAAAGUCGUGCGUAUACGCAUUGGCGCAACGUGUGUAAGACGUAGAUAACGACGGCACGGAGGCACGGACGAGUUGGCGAAGAGCUACGAGGUUGAUUAUUACUAAGUAUAUAAUUAUGUGUGACUGGAAUUGUACAGUUGUUGCUAUAAAUAUAUGAAAUUAGUGUUUUA